AUGUAUCAAAAAUCUCUUUCGCAAGACGAAGCCUUGAGAUACGAAGAGUUGAGCAAAGGAUACUUUGAAGAUUUCUACGCGGGAAGUACCCCAUCCACUUGCCAAUCGUCUCUUGAUUUUGAGGGUCGUUGUUAUUCGGAGAGUUCACUUCCUUCUUGUUCAAAUCCAGUCUCUCCACUUCUCCCUCAACAACAACAAAAAUCUUCUGUUGAUCUAACUACCCCUACUGACGCAGAGCUGGACGCCCUUUUUAACGAUAUGCUUCACAAAGAUUCUUCACUUGAACAUUCACUUGGAUUCGCUCAACAUCCACUCAUGCAUAAUGUGUCUCUCGGAGUACCAUUGACACAAUCGAACUUGACAGAAGGGAUGCCACAUAUGAACUUUGGAUGUGAGUCUCAAUGUGGAGUGCCGACAGUGGGUGUUGUCCCAGCCACUCCAUCAAUCCCGUCUGCAGCUUUUAACGGAAGUCACUUCUGGAAUAAUCACACCGAGGGCCCUCUUCCACCAUAUCUCAGAACUGAUGGUAUCAACAACCUUACAAUGGCCGUUCAACAAAUGUGCCAUUCGGAGCCAGUUUUGGCCGAGAUUGGAGCUGUGUCCACCUAUCCAGCCAAUCCUCUUCACAACGUUGCUAGUCUCCAAGUCCCAUAUAUUCCCAACAAUGGAGCGCUUUAUGACAACUUUGGCUCGAGAAGAUCACUUUCAAUCAGCAAUGAAUCAUCGAUCGAUUCGUCAUCCACUUCCUCUUCAACAUCUCCUCGUUACAACAGUGAAGCCGAGAAUCACUCACCGAAUCAAAGCCGAUUCUACGGAAAACUCAUUCCCAACCCAAUAGAAGAACAUGAGAAAUUCUAUGAAAAGAACCGUCUUUCAAUGAGCUGUUCCGUUUUGCCACGAAGAAGAGGCAGACAAAGCAAAGAUGAACAAUUGGCCAUGUCGUAUCGCUUACCAGCAAGCGCGGCUCUUAUCUCGGAUAUGUCUUUGCCUGAAUUGCAGAAAAUGUUGAGAAGUGAGGAUCUCUCUGAAGACCAAAAGGCCUUGAUCCGAAAGAUUCGCAGAAGAGGAAAGAACAAGGUGGCCGCACGAACUUGCCGUCAAAGACGCGGUGAAACGAAAGGAAUGCCACCAUCACCACAACCUAAUGCACAUUUGGCUACAUGGAAUGAGCCAUCCCGAACCCUCUACAGACGUCAA